AUGACGCAGCAGGUCAGCAGCUCAUCAUUCCUCAAGCCCUUCUUUCUGAAGACGCCUGUCAGAGUGGUCCGUCCUCCGCCGCAGAGACGACACACACUUCCCGCCAGUGAGUUCAGGAACCUUACGCCACUGGAUGCCAUCAGUGUGUUUGAGAUUGAGAGGGAAGCAUUCGUCUCCGUGUCUGGAGAGUGUCCACUUACCCUGGACGAGGUGCUUAACUUCCUGGGUCAGUGUCCUGAGCUGUCAAUGGGUUGGUUUGAGGAGGGGCAGCUCGUAGCUUUCAUCAUCGGCUCUGGCUGGGAUAAGGAGAGGCUUUCACAGGAGGCCAUGACUCAGCAUGUCCCAGACACUCCCACUGUGCACAUCCAUGUGCUGUCAGUGCACCAUCACUGUCGCCAGCAAGGCAAGGGCUCCGUCCUCUUGUGGCGCUAUCUGCAGUACCUGCGCUGUAUGCCAGGCAUCCGCCGAGCUCUGUUGAUUUGUGAAGACUUCCUGGUGCCCUUCUACCUUAAGGCUGACUUCAAGGAGAAAGGGCCAUCAGCCAUCACUGUGUCCAACAUGCACUUCCAAGAGAUGGAGUACAUGCUCUGUGGGCAGGCGUACGCAAGGAGGAACAGUGGCUGCUAG